AAUAAACUGAUAAUAAAGGGACGUAUCGACAUUUUCCUACUCUUUCCAACUUUCCGUCUCCAAUUCUGUGGUCCUUACCAGUAUUCAUCUUUCUUCCCAGAGAAGGACCUCCGUUAGAUACACCAUGCUUAGGCAGUCCCAAUAUUUGUUUGUUGAUCACCUCAGAACAAUCCCAAUGGAUGGCCACUUGGUCUUGGAAACAUGAACAUGAGAUUUGCAAUGGAGGAAGCUUCUGUGAGUGCAGAAGCAGUACCUUAUGCUGCUCACAUAAGUCCUUCAUCAAAUUUUUCGUCGAAGUCAUCCUCUAAUCUUGACACCGAGUCCACAGCAUCUUUCUUCACGGACCAAAGUGUAUCACUAGGCAGGCUAAUUGGAAUCGGACUAGGGAACAGAGGAAACAUGCAUUGCCCAAACACGGUCAUCGGCCAACAACAUGGGAGCCUAAGGUCUCAGCCUGAUGCAUCAAAGUACUCUGAUGAUUCUCAGGGACUCUGUGUUCCACUUCUAAAUAAUGUAAUAGGGAAGAUGAGCAGAUGUAGAAGCAGCUCCAGGCAUCGAAAACUUAGUCUAAUCCUGGAUUAAUGUUUUGGACUUAUGAGAAUAUAUGGAAAAUGUCAUUCUCUUUAUAUUUUGAUGCUACUUGUAUAAGGUUUAUUUUUUCAGUUUGAACUUAUGGGUGGCAGUUGAAUCUGGUCGCUUGCGAGCUGAGCGGAAGUGGACUAGCCACAAAAACUCAUUGAGUUUCACGACCCGAUUUGUGAGGCCUGUCUGUAAUAAUGUAUUAUUAAUUAUUGUAUUUUUCAAAUGGAUAUUUCACGUUUGUUAAGCUUGAAAUCAAAAUAUUUGUAUAUUUUAAUUUUUCA